GAAUUACCAGAGAGCAGCUUCAAACCAUCAAAAACAAUUACCAGAGAACAGCUCCAAAUUCACCAAAGAAAAUUACCAGGUCACAACUCCAAACCCACUGAAAAAAUUACAAGAGAAAAGCUCCAAGCUUGUCAAACGAAAUGCCAGAGAAUAGCUCCAAAUCUGGUUUCAUGGUGGAGAACUACUAAAGAACAGCUCCAAACCCAGCGAAGAAAAUUACCAGAGAACAGCUUCAAAAUUUCCAAGAAACCUACCAGAGAACAACUCCAAAUCCGGCAAAGAAAAUUACAAAGUAGGUUUCUUAGUAGAAAACUACCAGAUAAUAGCUCCAAACCAGUAAAGAAAAUUUCAUCAAAAUUUCUAAGAAACCUAUCAGGGAAUAGCUCCAAACCCAGUGAAGAAAAUUAUCAGAGAUCAGAAACCUACCAGAGAACAGUUCCAAAUCUGGUGAAGAAAUUGCUAGAGAAAGCUCCAAACCCGGUGAAGAAAAUUACCAAAAAAAAGCCCAAACCUG